UGGCCUAACUGGUGAUUUAGUAAUAGAAAACUGGUCUAAUUUAGAAAGAUUAGAUUGCUAUAAUAAUCAACUGAAAAGUUUAACUCUCAUUAAUUGUCCUAAGUUAACGAGAAUUGAAUGUUCUGAUAACAUAAUAACUAACCUAAUUAUUAAUAAUUGUUCCGAAGUCGGUGUUCUGAAUGUCAGUGAUAAUCUCCUUAAUAAUUUAGGUUUUCUCGAUAGUUUAAAUCCAGAAAAAUUAGCUGUUUUGUAUCUUACUAAUAAUAAUUUUUCUCCCCAAAACAUAUCUCUUUUUAGCAAGUUUGCUAAUUUAAAAAAUCUUUAUUUAACUAAUAAUCGCUUUUAUGGUAGCCUGCAAUCUUUAAAUAAUUGCAAAAAACUAGAAAAACUGAGCAUUUCAGGCACUGAAAUAAUUGAAGGGUUAGAAUAUUUACCUGAUGAUUUAAAUGAAAUUGAUUCAGUUAAUGCCCAAGAAUUAGGAGAAAGUUCAAAGGCACAACCAUAUUUCCAAGAAUUAAAAAGCAGUUUUCAAGGAUUGGUUCUUAACCUGCAAAAAGACCAAAUAAUUAGUGAAAGAGAGAAAAAAAUAGUUGAGUUAUUUAAAGAAAACCAAAGAUUAACCAACUUGAUUAAAGAGCAGAAGGAAAUCAUCAAUGAUUAUCUCCGUUUUUUUCCUGAAAAAGAAAUAUUACAAAAAUUAAUUCAGGCUCAUUUAGAAUUCACAGAAGCCAAAAAACAAAAUCAGCCUUUCAUUAAACUUCGUAAGCAAAAAGAGGCUAUUUAUAAUGAAUUAACUGAAAAAGUGGGAGAGGAAGUGAUGGAAGAAGUGGAAAACGUUUUGGACAAAUAUGAGAAAUUAAAAAGUUUAGAAUCAGAACUAGAAAAGACCGAGGCUGAUCUUGAAUUAACAGAAAACCUCCAGAAAAAUCAGAUUCAGCCGUUUAGGAGGAAAAGAAGCCAAUCUUUACUAAUAGUUGAAGCUGAAUAUAAAGGUAAAUUAGAGGCUAAAGACCAGGAAGUCGUUAGAAUUCAUCAAUUACUUAAUCAAGUGAUGCUUAUCUCAAGAUCCCAGCAAAUUAUUAAUAUUUCUGAUGUUAGUCAAUCAGGUAUUAAUAUAGCCGGUGAUAAUUCUUAUCUUAGUAACAAAAGCACUACUAAUUAUCGAACAAAUUAUCAACAACUAGCCGCCGAAACUGAAAACCAAAUUAUUGCCUUUUUAUCUAAUAAAGAAAUUAUUCCCCAAGAACAAAAAGUAAUCAACAAAACCAUCCUCUUUUUAGGAACCAAAGAACUGUUUGUCAAUUAUCGACAAACCACUAUUAACAAUCUGAUAGAUUGCUACAAUAAACUAGAAAAAAGAUUAGGAAGUAAACUCCACAAAUUUACUACUGCGGUCAGUAUGACCAACAUUGCUGGCAAAUUAGCAAGCAUUAUUCCCGGAGGAGGAGUAGCCGAAGCUCCUCUAGGAAUUUUAGGAGAUACCAUUAACCUUACUGGAACCAUUAUCCAAGGUAAGCUUUUAGACAAGUUCACUAAGCAGUUUCAAGAAAUCUUAGCCAAGGAUAAAAAAAACUUGUCUUUAUUUGAUGGGAAUUAUUUAGAAUUAAGGAAUAUCAUCUGGGGUGAUGAGAAAACAAGCCGAGGUGAGAUAGUUGCUGAUAUUAUCAAAACUCUAAAAUUAGAAAGAACUAAAAUAAGUCCUUUUAGUGAUGAUUAUAACGCUUUUAGUCAAAGUGUUAGUGGAAUUUGGCAAAGCAGAUCUUCGAUAGAUUUAGGAGAAAUGAAAAGUUCAAUUGAAGCAGUUAUUAAUGAUUUUGCUAAAUUAAAGCAAAAAUUACAAGAAGAAAAGGAACAAUUGAGUAGACAGACCUGA